AUGUCGUCCUCCAGCAACUCCGGCGGCGGCGCGUCUGCGGGUGGCAGUGGCGGGGCCGGCGAUGACAGCCCCGCGGCCUGCAGCGGCGUGGGGCCCGUGCGCGUGCGGAUGUUCCGCAUCUUCGGCCGGCGCGCCAGCACCAGCCAGCCCUCGCUCAGCAGGCCGGGCCAGGAGGGCCACGACAGCGGCCAGGACUCGACGGACUCGGACGAGAACGACAAGUACGCGGGGUCCCUGUCGGGCGGCGGCAGGGAGGCCAGGGAGCGCGACAGUCCGUGCAGGGGGCCGAACCGCAGGGCCCGCAGCAAGAAGCAGAGCGGCAGCGCGGCCAGCUCGGACUGCAACGGAUCCAGCAGCUCUUCAGGUGACUGCUUCCGGAGUGUGAGCUGCAGCAGCAACAGCCAGCUGACGGGGUCGUCGUCCGACUCGAGCAGCAGCAAUGGAGACAACAGCCCCGGGUCCGGGUGCGGCUCCGCGUGCAUGGCGACGGUCAUGGGGCUGGAGCGAGGGCUGGAGCGAGGCCUGGAGCGAGGCCUGGAGGCGGGCACCAGCUCGGACAGCGGCUCUGGGGGCUCGUCUGGCAGUGAGUUCGGCGGCUCGGUGCGCGUCUUCCAGACCUGCCUGCGCCCCCUCACCUCUCUUGGGACAUCCCUGGCGUCCUCGUCGGCGUCCUCGUCGGCACCCUCGGGCCGGUCCAACUCGUGCUGCUGUGAGGGGGAGGCACAUCGGCCCCAAGGCAGCUGCUCCGCUCUGCACAAGAUGUUCCACACGCUGAGUCUGUCGACGCACGCCUUGACCACGCUGGCCCCGCUAGGGCAACGCAGCAUCAGCAACUCCUGCUUGUCGAUGGGGGAUGCUCAGCACCGCCAGCACCACCGCCAGCACCACCGCCACCACCACCGCCACCACCACCACUACCCGCUUCACCACAGCGCCUACACGUUCGAGGAGGCCGAUGCGCCGUCGCCGCAGCCCGCCGUCGCCAAGCAGGACAAGCAGCCCAAACAGGACAAGGACGGCAAGGCGCACGGCAAGGCGCCGACCCGCAUCCUGCGCUCGCCCGUCGCCUACGCCUACGUCCGCGGCAUCUCGGGGCUGCCCACGCAGCGCGUCCCUCGCCACCGCCUGGCGCCCGGCCCGGGCGGCACCACCAGGAGGCCCCGCAGCAACCCCGGCCCCGGCCACGGCCACGGCCUGGAGGGCUUCUCCCGGCACGCCUACAACUCGUGA